AUGAGUUUGACAGAUAGACAGUUCUAUGUCGGGAAGUUCAACACAAAUUUGGCUUAUGAAGAUAGACCUUUGUCAAUUGGCUUCAAUGCCACUAUUUCCGCCCCACAUAUGCAUGCUUAUGCCUUAGAAAACCUCUUGUCUCCUUUGAAAAAUGCGGCCGAUGCUGGAAGAGUGCCAAGGGUUCUAGAUGUUGGCUGUGGCUCCGGAUAUUUAUUGGGUGCUUUUGCAAGGUGUUACGGCGCCCAUGUUACGGGCUUAGAGCACAUAAAAGACCUGUACGAUCUUUCUGUAAGAAACUUCGCCUCGGAUGUGAAAAACUCUGAAGACGGAGAAUCGAUCAAGAAGCGUGUGGAAAUCCAUCACUGUGAUGGAAGACUGGGCUGGCCAUCGGACUCCACUGAGGAGUCUUACGACGUGAUACAUGUGGGAGCGGCGGCUCCAGAGAUCCCCAAAGCUUUCUUUGCACAAUUGAAUCGCGGUGGAAGAUUGAUUUUACCAGUCGGCCCAAAAGGGGGCAGUCAAAUAUUUCAACAAUGGGAUAAAGAUGCUCAGGGCGAAUUGACUCAUCAUAAUCUCAUGGGGGUUAUAUACAUCCCUCUCACUGAUGCCGAGGCUCAACUAAACGACUCUGACUGA